AUGGACCUACGCCGCUUCAACCCUACAGUCAAUGCCUUUUCUCCUUCAGGUAACGGCAACGAAGGCCAACCAAAGAGCACCACAUCCAAUCAGGUGAGCGCUCCUCCCUCCCCAUACCUUGAAGCACGCGUCUUCAACUUGGAGGAGGAGCAUGCAACCCUGUGUAGCGAUGUCGAUACUCUCAAAGAGUUGUAUCACGGCCUCUCUUUCUCCAUCGACAAGUUGAAGAAAGGUAGCUGGCCGGUGAACAUUGGCCCUUUCCACGAAGCGGACCUCACCCGGUCCCAUCAGAGCGCCAUGCAAUUCAAGUCUGAGCUUGAGAAGAUCGCUAGUGAGGUUCAUAGGUCAGUCAACAGUUGUGCUGACAUGCAUAAGGGGAAUGGUACUGCCACAACCAAGAUGAAUGGCAGUAUGCCUCCGCAUAGAAAGGCUCCGAGUGUUGCCAGCAACGGGACGGUCUCCAAGUCGCUUCCUCCUCACUUGCGACGCGCCAAGAAAGCUGAGACCAGCCCCACGAAUGGGACCGAUAAGCGCAUUGCAGAUACUUCGGAAUUUAACCGCCAGGUCACCCACAGUCGAGUCGAUUCUGUCUUCCAGCAGCAAAUGGUCCCUGCGGCUGUACCGAGCCCUCCGGAGUCUCCAACCACAGUCGUUGAGGCCGACCUGCCUUCCAACCUGAAAGAGCUUUCCCUACACAAAAGCUGGAAGCCACACUACCUGACCACGCUACCCACGCCUCGUUCAGAUGUUAUAUCGAAUAUUCCUAGCGUAAACAUGGUCACUUUUCACCCAGACUUCAUUCACAACACGUUCGAUGGCGUCGUUUGGUCCCCUGGACUGAGGUUCGUCAAAGGGCAGGGGCCAUGCAUCUUGAAGAAUCGCACAUACUACCUCCUUGAUCCAAAGACUGAACCCUUCCUGCCCAAAGAGCCAGGCGAGCACGGCGCUAAGCUUACCGCGUUCUUCAACAAGGCACCAGAGGAAGAGUUUGGUGAUUUGAUUGCUGAAGGCUCUAGUUCUUACGAGGACGUACCCAUGUUCAUCAUGGUGGGCAAUCGUUAUGUCUACUUCGGCAACUAUUCGCAGACACGGUGGUCCGACAAGCUCGAUCACGACACAAUGAUAGCCAAAGUACCUCAGCACAUCAAGGAGUACUGGGCUACCGAGCUCACUGCGACUGGUCGAGAGCAGUGGGUCACCGAGGAGCUCAAAAGGCACCUUUUCAAGAAACCUGAGUAUGAAGGACGCCUUUAUGCUGCUCUGGACGAAGAGGCAACAGUCAACUCCGUGAAAGAAGUGGAACUCAAUGAAAAGAUGAUCAAAGAUGUCAAGAAAUACGCAGAACAGCUUCGUGAGUGGGAGCGCGAGGCCAAUAUGAGGGUCUCCAUGAUCAAGGAGGACUUCAUUAUGAAGGCUUUCGAGCGCGCCGAUGCAGAUGAUCCGCCGGCGUUGCGUCUCUGGUGGGAGUACCUCCAGUGCGUGGACUGGAGGAAGGACUUCUACGACUUGUUGGUCGCUCUCCAAUCGCGCGCUCCCGAACAAUAUCUCAAGUAA